GAAAAUAAAAUCUACGCAUCUGCUUGCCGCACUCGCCCGAUUCAACAUUCUCAGUUCCAUUCAGCUUAGGGUUUGUGACGUUCAACACCCUUUGUUAAAAUCGCAGAAUCCAGACGUUCAUAGUAGUAUAUAUUUCUCGGAAAAUAAAAUCUACAUAACUCGCUUGCCGACUCGCCCGAUUCAACAUUCUCAGUUCCAUUCAGCUUAGGGUUUGUGAUAUUCAACAACCUUUGUUAAAAUCGCAGAAUCCCGACGUUCAUGGUUUGUGCACUUGCAUAGAAGGGUCGUGAGACGCAUUCGGCUUCGUCAUGCGUCACCGAGGGAUGGAUCCCGAUGAGGAGGAGUAUGAGGAGGAAUACGAAGAUGACCAAGUGGUUGAUGACGAUGAAGCGGAAGUGGAGGAAGAGGAGGCCCACAGAGGAGCCUCCUCCAGGAAGCGCAGAAGAUCUGGGUUCAUAGACGACGACGCUGAGGAGGUGGACGAGGAUGAGGAAGAGGAGGAGGAUGAUGAUGAUUUUGAUGAAAGAGGCGGUCGAAAGCGCCAAUACAAGAGAAUGGCUGCUUCCAAUUUCUUCGAUGAAGAGGCGCAGGUGGACAGCGAUGAGGAAGAGGAAGAGGAAGAAGGCGAGGAUGAUUUCAUCGUCGAAGAAGGAACUGAUCUACCAGAUGAAGAUGGUGGAAGGAGGAUGCAUAGCCGGCGUAUGCUGCCCCAUGAUCAAGAAGACCAUGAAGACCUUGAAGCUAUGGCAAGGAGCAUUCAAGAAAGAUAUGGAAGGCGUGUCACAGAUUAUGAUGAAGAAGCUACAGAUGUAGAGCAGCAAGCCCUUCUGCCAUCUGUGAGAGAUCCCAAAUUGUGGAUGGUUAAAUGUGCGAUUGGUCGUGAACGUGAGGCGGCUGUUUGCCUCAUGCAAAAAUAUAUUGAUAAAGGGUCUGAACUUCAAAUAAGGUCUGCUGUUGCUCUUGAUCACCUCAAAAAUUAUAUAUAUGUUGAAGCUGAUAAAGAAGCCCAUGUGCGAGAGGCAUGUAAAGGUCUACGCACCAUAUUUACUCAGAAGAUAACACUUGUUCCGAUCAGAGAGAUGACUGAUGUUCUUUCAGUUGAAAGCAAAGCUAUUGAUCUUUCUAGAGAUACAUGGGUCAGAAUGAAGAUUGGGACAUACAAGGGGGACCUUGCAAAGGUUGUGGAUGUUGAUAAUGUACGUCAGAGGGUUACUGUGAAAUUGAUUCCGAGGAUAGACUUACAAGCCCUUGCAAACAAAUUGGAAGGUAGAGAAGUCGUGAAAAAGAAAGCAUUUGUUCCUCCUCCUCGGUUUAUGAAUGUUGAUGAAGCUAGGGAACUGCACAUCCGAGUAGAGCAUAGACGCGAUCCCAUGACAGGGGAACGCUUUGAAACUAUUGGAGGCAUGAUGUUCAAAGACGGUUUCUUGUACAAAACAGUAUCAAUAAAGUCAAUCAGUGCACAAAAUAUCAAACCUACAUUUGAUGAACUUGAAAAAUUUCGAAAGCCGGGUGAGAAUGGAGAUGGAGAUGUAGCUAGUCUGUCAACAUUAUUUGCAAACAGAAAGAAAGGCCAUUUUAUGAAAGGUGAUGCUGUUAUCGUCAUCAAGGGAGAUCUAAAGAAUUUAAAGGGGUGGGUAGAGAAAGUUGAUGAGGAUAAUGUUCAUAUAAGGCCAGAAAUCAAGGGCCUUCCUAAAACUCUUGCUGUAAAUGAAAGGGAACUUUGUAAAUACUUUGAGCCUGGGAACCAUGUUAAAGUUGUUUCGGGCACACAAGAGGGGGCUACUGGUAUGGUGGUGAAGGUGGAGCAGCACGUGCUGAUUAUUUUAUCUGAUACAACAAAAGAACAUAUUCGUGUAUUUGCUGAUGAUGUUGUGGAGAGUUCUGAAGUCACUACGGGAGUUACAAGAAUCGGCGACUAUGAGCUACAUGAUCUUGUCCUGCUAGAUAAUUUGAGCUUUGGUGUGAUAAUCCGUGUAGAAAGUGAGGCCUUUCAGGUUCUUAAGGGAGUUCCUGACAGACCUGAAGUUGCACUGGUGAAAUUAAGGGAAAUCAAGUGCAAGAUUGAUAAAAAAAUAAGUGUGCAGGAUAGGUUUAAGAAUACAGUGUCAACAAAGGAUGUUGUACGGAUAGUUGAGGGUCCCUGCAAAGGCAAACAAGGACCGGUGGAGCACAUAUAUAGGGGAGUCUUGUUUAUCUAUGAUCGACAUCAUCUUGAACAUGCAGGCUUCAUAUGUUCGAAAGCUCAAUCAUGUGUGGUUGUGGGAGGUUCACGGACCAAUGGCAAUAGAAAUGGUGAUGCUUACUCAAGAUUUCCCAGCCUUAGAACUCCGCCAAGAAUCCCACAAUCUCCUAGGAGGUUUUCUCGAGGAGGGUCACCAAUUGAUUCUGGAGGAAGGCAUAGAGGUGGAAGAGGGCAUGAUGGAUUGGCUGGUGCAACAGUUAAAAUUCGCCAAGGUCCCUAUAAAGGUUAUCGUGGGCGUGUUAUAGAAGUUAACGGCACAUCAGUUCGGGUUGAACUGGAGUCACAAAUGAAAGUUGUGACAGUUGAUCGUAAUCAUAUUUCUGAUAAUGUGGCUGUUACCCCAUACCGUGACUCAUCGCGGUAUGGAAUUGGAAGUGAGACCCCAAUGCACCCAUCUCGAACUCCCUUGCAUCCUUAUAUGACUCCUAUGAGAGAUCCUGGAGCCACACCUAUUCAUGAUGGAAUGAGAACUCCCAUGCGUGAUAGAGCAUGGAAUCCUUACACUCCCAUGAGUCCUCAUAGGGAAAACUGGGAGGAUGGAAAUCCUGGCUCUUGGGGCACCAGUCCACAAUAUCAGCCAGGGAGUCCUCCUUCACGAAUGUACGAAGCUCCAACUCCUGGUACUAUUUGGGCUAGUACCCCUGGUGGCAGUUACAGCGAAGCUGGGACACCUAGGGAUAAUUCUGCAUAUGCCAAUGCUCCAAGCCCAUAUUUACCAUCAACACCGGGUGGACAGCCUAUGACACCAAACUCAGCAUCUUAUCUUCCCGACCCUGGAGGGCAGCCUAUGACUCCAGGAACUGGUGGUUUGGACAUGAUGUCCCCGGUUAUAGGCGCAGACAGUGAAGGACCAUGGUUUAUGCCAGAUAUAUUAGUCAAUGUGCGCCGUGCUGGAGAGGAAUCUAUUGUGGGAAUUAUAAGAGAGGUGCUUGCGGAUGGAUCUUGCAGGGUAGUCUUGGGAUCAAGUGGAAAUGGUGAAACAAUAACGGCUCUUCCCAGCGAAAUGGAGGCUGUGGUACCCAGGAAAUCAGACAAGAUAAAAAUUAUGGGUGGGGCUUUGCGUGGUGCCACGGGCAAGUUGAUUGGGGUAGAUGGCACUGAUGGUAUUGUAAAGGUAGAUGAUACACUGGAUGUGAAGAUUUUAGACUUAGUCAUUCUAGCUAAAUUAGCUCAAUCGUGAUUAGUCUCAUGUACACAAUAAUUUUUUUAAUGCCAUAUCGUUUUUGCCCU